GCCGGUGGUGAUGCCAUGCCCCGCCACCACGCGGGAGGAGAGGAGGGCGGUGCCGCCGGGCUCUGGGUGAGGAGCGGCGCGGCGGCGGCGGCGGCGGCGGGUGGGGGGCGCCCGGGCAGCGGCAUGAAGGAUGUGGAGUCCGGCCGCGGCAGGGUGCUGCUGAACUCGGCGGCCGCCAGGGGCGACGGCCUGCUGCUGCUCGGCACCCGCGCGGCGGCGCUCGGAGGAGGUGGCGGCGGCCUGAGAGAGAGCCGCCGGGGCAAGCAGGGGGCCCGGAUGAGCCUGCUGGGGAAGCCGCUCUCUUACACCAGCAGCCAGAGCUGUCGGCGCAACGUCAAGUACCGAAGGGUGCAGAACUAUCUGUACAACGUGCUGGAGAGACCCCGAGGCUGGGCGUUCGUCUACCACGCGUUCGUUUUUCUCCUUGUAUUUGGUUGCUUGAUAUUGUCAGUGUUUUCUACCAUCCCUGAACACACAAAAUUGGCUUCAAGUUGCCUCUUAAUUCUGGAGUUCGUGAUGAUCGUUGUCUUUGGCUUGGAGUUCAUCAUUCGAAUCUGGUCUGCAGGCUGCUGUUGUCGUUAUAGAGGAUGGCAAGGAAGACUAAGGUUCGCUCGAAAGCCUUUCUGUGUAAUAGAUACCAUUGUUCUUAUCGCUUCCAUAGCUGUUGUUUCUGCAAAAACUCAGGGUAAUAUUUUCGCCACUUCGGCUCUCAGAAGUCUCCGGUUCCUACAGAUCCUGCGUAUGGUGCGCAUGGACAGAAGGGGAGGCACUUGGAAGUUGCUGGGCUCAGUGGUUUAUGCUCACAGCAAGGAAUUAAUCACAGCUUGGUACAUAGGAUUUCUGGUUCUUAUCUUCUCAUCUUUUCUUGUCUAUCUGGUGGAAAAGGACGCCAAUAAAGAGUUCUCUACAUAUGCCGAUGCUCUCUGGUGGGGCACAAUUACACUGACAACCAUUGGCUAUGGAGACAAAACGCCCCUAACUUGGCUGGGAAGAUUGCUCUCUGCAGGCUUCGCACUCCUUGGCAUUUCUUUCUUUGCACUUCCUGCUGGCAUUCUUGGCUCGGGUUUUGCAUUAAAAGUACAGGAACAGCACCGCCAGAAACAUUUUGAGAAAAGAAGGAACCCAGCUGCCAACCUCAUUCAGUGUGUUUGGCGUAGCUAUGCAGCUGAUGAGAAGUCUGUUUCCAUUGCAACCUGGAAGCCGCAUCUGAAGGCCCUGCACACCUGCAGCCCUACCAAGAAAGAACAAGGGGAGGCGUCCAGCAGUCAGAAGCUGAGUUUCAAGGAGCGAGUGCGCAUGGCUAGCCCGAGGGGCCAGAGCAUUAAGAGCAGACAAGCCUCGGUAGGUGACAGGAGGUCCCCGAGCACUGACAUCACUGCUGAGGGCAGCCCCACCAAAGUGCAGAAGAGCUGGAGCUUCAACGACCGAACCCGAUUCCGGCCCUCCCUACGCCUCAAGAGUUCGCAGCCGAAACCAGUGAUAGACGCUGACACAGCCCUGGGCACCGACGAUGUAUAUGACGAGAAAGGAUGCCAGUGUGACGUGUCCGUGGAGGACCUCACACCACCACUUAAGACUGUUAUUAGAGCCAUCAGAAUUAUGAAAUUUCACGUGGCCAAACGGAAGUUUAAGGAAACAUUGCGCCCAUAUGAUGUAAAAGAUGUCAUUGAACAAUAUUCUGCCGGUCAUCUGGAUAUGCUGUGUAGGAUUAAAAGCCUUCAAACACGUGUUGAUCAAAUUCUUGGAAAAGGGCAAAUCACCUCAGAUAAGAAGAGCCGAGAGAAAAUAACCGCAGAACACGAGACAACGGAUGACCUCAGCAUGCUCGGCCGGGUUGUCAAGGUGGAAAAACAGGUCCAGUCCAUCGAAUCCAAGUUGGACUGUCUGCUGGACAUCUACCAGCAGGUCCUCCGCAAAGGCUCCGCCUCAGCCCUCACUUUGGCCUCCUUCCAGAUCCCGCCUUUUGAAUGUGAACAGACAUCUGACUACCAGAGCCCGGUGGAUAGCAAAGACCUGUCCAGUUCCGCCCAAACCAGUGGCUGCUUGACGAGGUCAGCCAGUGCCAACAUCUCGAGAGGCCUGCAGUUCAUUUUAACGCCAAAUGAGUUCAGUGCUCAGACUUUCUACGCGCUUAGCCCUACUAUGCACAGCCAAGCAACACAGGUGCCAAUGAGCCAAAAUGACGGCUCCUCCCUGGCGGCCACCAAUAACAUUGCAAACCAAAUAAGCGCAGCCCCCAAGCCAGCAGCCCCAACAACUUUACAGAUCCCACCUCCUCUCCCAGCCAUCAAGCACCUGACCAGGCCGGAGACUCUGCACCCGAACCCCACUGGCUUACAAGAAAGUAUUUCCGACGUCACCACCUGCCUUGUUGCCUCCAAGGAAAACGUUCAGUUUGCGCAGUCAAAUCUGACCAAGGACCGUUCCCUGCGGAAAAGUUUUGACAUGGGAGGAGAAACUUUGUUGUCUGUCCGCCCCAUGGUGCCCAAAGACUUGGGCAAAUCUUUGUCUGUACAAAACCUGAUCAGAUCGACAGAGGAACUGAACUUGCAAUUUUCGGGCAGUGAGUCCAGUGGCUCCAGAGGCAGCCAAGAUUUUUACCCUAAGUGGAGAGAAUCCAAAUUGUUUAUAACUGAUGAAGAACUGGGUGCCGAGGAGGCAGAAACAGACACUUUUGAUGCCACCCCGCAGCCUGCGGGUGAAGCUGCUUUUACAUCAGACUCUUUAAGGACUGGAAGGUCACGGUCAUCUCAGAACAUUUGUAAGACAGGAGACAGUACAGAUGCCCUCAGUUUGCCUCAUGUCAAACUUAACUAAAGUUCUUUGUUCCCUUUCUAGGCAUAGCUGUUCUUUUAGCCAUACAUAUCACUGCAUGAAGUAUUCUGGAAGCCCUUCUAAAAAGUCGAAAUCGCAAGAAUCAGGAAGAACAUGAACGGCAAACUUAGAAGCCUGUUAUCUUUUAAUUGCAUGAAAAUGCAUGUUUAGGGAUGGCAGAAAUUCCAAGGUGCAUCGACAUUAACCCAUGCAUUUAGUAAUGUACCUUGAGUCUAAAAUCCCAAGCACACAGUCGCUGCUGAAGCUAUGGGGUGCGCGAAGAUGUCAGGAUUAGUUCCAUUGCAAGAGUUGAUGCUGUGUUUUGAAAUUGGAGUAAACACCUUCAGAUUUCAGGCAUUUCUGCUUUAUGACUAGACACAAAGUUCAUUUUCAAAAUUAGGCCAUAAUGUAUGUGUAGACACAAUGGCUAGCAACAGCUGCUAAUAACACAAGUAAAGCAGAAUUUGGAUUAUAACAGAAACGACUGCUUAUUUCAAGAUAUCUUUGCCAACCCAUUCCUCCUCAGUCAUUUGAUUAACGUAAUUUGAAUGUCAAUCUGUGUGCUUUUGGUGACUUAGCUCUGUGGCAGACAAUUUUUUGCACAUUGUUUUCAUGUUGUCCUUUAUGCCGGGAAUGUUGUCUGAUUCGAAAAUGGGCAGAUAAUGCCAUUCAGGGCCAGUGGGGCAGGAGAUUUGCUCUUCCCUUGACAUCUUAAAGUUUGUGCAAACGUCUCUGAUGGAGGAGUCAGCCGUGUAAAAAGCGCAAUCUCCUCACAAGCACAUGGACUACCGAUGGGUUUAACAACUUUUACAACUGGACUGGUCUCUCUGUGAGAACACAAUGACAGGCUUGACCAUUCUGCCCACUCAAUGGCCAGUGUGACCAGCUAUUCCCAUUUUGUGGACAUGCAGGUAGGACCUGGGGAAAGGGGUAUCUAUGUGAGGCGGAGGGAAGGAAGACUUGGAAAGACUACAAGCAUUCCCACAAGUGGAUAGCAUGCAAGGAAAUGACUGUCCACCCGCAAAGGGCAGUGAGGAGAGAAGCCAAAAUGAAACAACUAGAUUUUUUUUUUAGAAAAUAAAUAUUGCUAGGAAGUUCAACUACCUAAACAUCCCUUAUUCUUGUAUAACAGAGAAUUUUGCAAGCUAUUUAUUUUUACUAUUCCCUGAAUGUCUUUUGCUAUUGUGUAGUAGUACAUUUUGCACACGAAAGGCUAAAACUAAACUUCCUUUACUUUUUAUACUAUAGUGAACAUUUUUCUAUUCCUCCCAACAAUAUUAUCCCAAAUGUGAAAUGAUUGGCUCCGUUUCCAGGUUAUAAACAUAUAUCAUUACAAACCAGAUAGCACUCGAUGUGUCUGUAGAUCAGAACCCCUUAAUAAUAUCGCAAUCGAUGGCAAAGAAUCAAAUGAAAAAUAUGUAUUAAAAAUGUAUUUCUCAAAAGGCAAGCAAUACUGGCUGCUUGUUAGAAUUCAGCCCUGCACCUGUAAUCACAGCCCUGGGCAAAGUGAGAUGGGAGCACGGGUUCAAGGCUAGCCUAGAUGAUACAGCAAAACUGUGUCUCAAAACCAGAGUGAAUAACAUUCAAAUAAGCUGUUGAGAGCCUACCACGUGUGUAUACCUGUGAUCCCGCUAUUUGGGAGGCAGAGGCAGGAGGUUCUGGAGUUCAAAGCUAGCCUUGGCUGUGUGAAGCCUGGUCUCCAAAAGAAGGAAGGAAGGAACGAACGAAGGAACGAAGGAACGAAGGAACGAAGGAAGGAAAGAAAAGAAAGAAGUCUAAGGGAAGUUGGUUAGGCUUGAAAUCCUGGAUUCAUGAAAGAAGGCAUUUUUUUUUUUCUUAACAACUAUUAUCACUGGGGCGGGGUGGGGGAGGAUUUUUUUCAGCAUCCAGGCCAAAUGAGCAGGAUCUAGGGAUUUAAAGUGGUUGCUCAAAGAAAGGAGACCUUCAAGUCCACCAGCCCUUCCCAAACCUCUCCCCCAGCAGAAUGUUCUAGUUACCGGUCAUCCUUAUUUUUCUGCCCCAUAACUGUUUGGUGAUCCUUCACCCCAGUUUGAUAUCAGACUUCACCAGGCCUUAACCAGCCUUCACCCUCAAGCAAACCAACUUCCUCUUCCUCGAGUGUGCUUCUCAACCUCAUUUUUUGACAGUGAAAAGUUAAAAGAAAGAAAGAAAGAAAGAAAGAAAGAAAGAAACCUUCCUUAUGCCUGGUAUGGCUGUACGCACCUUUAAUCCCAGAACUUGGGAGGCAGAGGCAGGUAGAUCUUUUUGUUUGUUUGGUUUGUUUUUUCAAGACAGGAUUUCUCCGUAGCUUUGGAGCCUGUCCUGGA